AGACUAUCUUUCAUCCACACAUAUGUGCUGAACAAGGCAAGGUCUCGCACAUAUAGCAGGCGGAGGCUCAAAUGUAUGAUCACUUCGCUGUGGUGUUCAUGCACUAUGAUCAACGAGCACGAGUACAACAACUACAAGUACUAGUAGUCAAAAAUACGUUGCUCUAGUGGUUCUAAAAGUAUUUCUACCAUCACACAACUUUUCUAACUGUCUGUUCUAACGGGCAUCUACACAACGCCUGAUCGUUGCUGAAUCUGCCAAAGGAGACGUUUUAAGUACACAUCCUGACCAUAUUAACCUACCAACGCCCUAACCAAAGUAGUUAUUUGGAAGAAUAGAACAUACCUCGUCUGAGAAGCGAUGCCAAUGCUUCAGUCAUUGGUUAUUUUCUAACGAAUAAUGCAACAGUAAUAUCGUACUACCGUCAAUAAAAUUUAGUAUUGUUAAAAACACAGCAACUACUAGUCUAGGGUAACUACCAAUGUAAUUUGUUCUGGAUUAGGAAAAUUUGGAGCCAUUCACUUCUGGGCUUUUGAAUGGGCAAUGUAACAACUUCACGCAUUUGUUAUCUUUUCACUAUGACGUUAUUGUCGAGAAAUCCAUUUUUAAGUGACAUUUAACGUUGUUCACUAUGCGUCAGUAUGACAUUAUAACUAGAAAGUCUACUUUUAUUCAACUCCCUGGCCACAGGAAUCCUGAGCCGAAUGUAAAAGAUCUUAUGUCGCGAUGCUCAAUAACAUUGACAGGAGAAAUAAUUUACCACCUUCUCUUUCAUCUGGGAGCGGUCGGCGUUUUGGGGGUAGCUCUGAUUCGCGAUUUUCAACAUGGGCAAGGCUCUGGAGUUCUGGCGCCCCUAGCUUUACUCACACUACUGCGCUGCAGUACAAACGUUCUGUGAAAACAUAACCCACUCGUUGACUUCAGAAGGUGCCAUGACACACAGGUGUAGAUCGUAAGAUAGACCUAGGAUUUUACCGAACUAAUGUUUUGCACAUCGGCAUGUACGAGAUCUACUUCAUACUUUAGUUCCACCUACGUUCUUGUUCGAACUGACCAUCUCUUAUGUGGAGUUACGGAGGAACUCAACGAGCCAACAUCUCAGACUUUCACAUCACUCGGCUCGCAUCUGAGCUAUCAGAAACAAUCUGGUCUUCGCUGAACAAGAGCCAUGUUGGAGCUGACAUCAUUAACAUCGUCAUCACCAGUUUCCGUAGGGGAAGUGUGGUAGCAGACUACUACAUUCAGUUACGUCAGAGUACAGAGGUCACGGACAGGGAAAUACAAGAAACACUCAGGUCCGCUCUGAGGAACAGCACGGACUUAAACCACUCCUUAGAUAUACGUAUACAACUUGAGUCAAUAUGUGUGAAGGUGGACGGAGUCAGCACGUGUAAAGAUGACGGGUCGCCACAGUGGCCACCGUGGGCAACAUACGCCAUUGCAGGGUGUGCAGGUCUGGCCGUCUUGGCUACCUUAGCCUUGAUAGUCAGCAGAGUCCAUAAAAGUGGUAGAUUCUCGUGGGAAUUAGAGCAACAGAGUGAUGGUCCUGACCUUGGCGGUGGAUCCAACAUGCCGGACACCAACCAUCACAUGAACCCCCUUUAUAACGUGUAA